AUGGCAGAUGGUACCUACAGGUUCCAGCAGCCUGGGGCCGGGCAGUUCUACUUCCAAGCUCAAGCACAGCAGAACCCUCACCAGCGACACAUCGUUCGAAACGGGACCAAUUCUCCGACGGGUCGACUGAAAUUCAACACCGACACCCCCUCCCCUUCUCGAUCCCCUGCCCUAAACCAGGCUGCUGCUCUCAGCCCUUUCAACAACAUGUACGGCCAAACUCACCAGGGUCAGCAUGUCAUGAUGAAUGGCGGUCAAGCCCACCAGCGGUUUGGCAUGCCGAUCCCGAAGUUCCAGUCACAAACACACCACUCUCAUCACACACAGCAGCCGCAUCAUCAUGCCCAUCACACACAAGCGACCCACAACCUCACUCAUCAACACAAUUUCCCCGGCGGCGCACUGGCCACUACGUCAACUUCUCAUUUCACCUCAACUCAUUUGCAGAACGGAGUACCGACCACGGACGAUGAUCUUGAUGAAUCAAUGAACGAGCAUUGGCAGCAGCAGCUCCAGCUUGCGGCAGAAUCCAGACAAGCCACUUCUCCCCACUACCAUGCCCGCGUCAUUGCGCAACAAACGAAAGGAAUCCAGCUCAUCUCCAGCAACACUGACACAGAAAAUGGGACGGAUGGGCGAAAUGCCAGCCGACAGGGUUGGAAUGCGCUUGAUUUCGGUGGCCAAGGAUUGCGCGCUUUGACUACUUCGUUGUUCAACUAUGGCUUCAUUGAGAAGCUGUACCUCAACUCUAACAAGUUGAAGGUGCUGCCCCCGGCCAUUGGACAACUGCGGAAGUUGAACCAUCUGGAUCUGUCAGGCAAUGAAUUGACGGAGCUGCCAGAAGAACUUGGCAUGCUUUCAAAUCUGAAGAAGCUCCUUCUCUUCGAUAACAACAUUCGCACACUCCCUUACGAAAUGGGGUACCUUUACCGGUUGGAAACAUUGGGCAUCGAGGGCAAUCCCCUGAAUGAUGUCCUCAAAUCUCAGAUCAUGAAGGACGGAACCAAGGCUCUCAUCAAGUACCUGAAAGAAGAGAUGCCAGUCCACCUACCUCCUCCUGACCGUGACUGGGUGAUCCUCGAUGAUACUUCAACAUCGUCCAACAGUAAUACGGAAAAGAUCACCGUACUGUCGUACAACACCCUGUGUGACUCUUCUGCAACCCAAUCGCAUUACGGCUAUGUGCCCUCACGUGUUCUGUCCUGGGAAUUCCGCCGCGAGCUUAUUCUUAACGAAUUACGAUCCCAUAACUCAGAUAUUGUCUGCCUUCAGGAGGUUGAUCAGGGAAGUUACAACAAUUUCUUCCGGGAGCAGCUUGCCUACAAUGACUACAAGGGUGUCUACUGGCCGCGUGGUCGUGCAAUGGGCAUGCAGGAGGAAGACGCCCGGAUGGUCGAUGGAUGUGCUACAUUCUUCAAGGGAAGCAAGUACAUCCUGUUGGACAAGCAAUUGAUCAACUUUGGUCAGACAGCCGUCCGUCGACCCGACGCCAAGGGCCAAGAUGAUAUCUACAACCGACUGUGGCAGAAGGACCACAUCGCCGUUGUGAUCUUCUUGGAAAACCGGCAAACCGGUGCUCGAUUCAUCAGUGUGAACGCUCAUCUGUAUUGGGAUCCUGCCUUCAAGGAUGUCAAGCUCAUUCAGACUGCGAUUCUGAUGGAGGAGAUUACCAAACUCUCGGAUAACUACGCCAAAUGGCCCGCCUGCACGGACAAGACUGCAUUCCGCUUCUCAGAGGCUGAAAGUGGCUCAGAGACCGCGCCUGUGGUGGAACCGGCCCCGUCGAUGGAGUACACCAGUGGCGAUCAGAUCCCUGUUCUCAUGUGCGGUGAUUUCAACUCCUCACCAGGGUCUGCGGCUUACAACUUGAUCUCCACCGGACGACUUCCCGAGGCUCAUCCCGAUCUAGAGAAGCGACUUUACGGAAACCUCAGCCGGGUUGGUAUGACACAUCCAUUCAAGUUGAAGUCAGCCUACUCCUCCAUGGGAGAACUGAGCUUCACCAACUACACCUCCGACUUCACGGCCAUUCUCGACUAUAUUUGGUACUCUUCCAACACUCUUCAUGUGUCGGCGUUGCUCGGCGAAGUGGACAAGGAAUAUCUGCGCCGCGUGCCCGGGUUCCCGAAUUUCCACUUCCCGAGUGAUCAUGUCGCGUUGCUUGCGGAGUUUACGGUAAAGGGCAAGAAGGGCAAGGUAGUAGAGGCAGACUUUGGGCCACAACGGCACUGAUGACAAGGAGCAUUUGAAAUCUUCGGAGAUGGGGUGUUUGUCCAACCGGUUUCUUUCCCUUCGUGCUUGUUUUUUCGGAAUCUUUUUUGGGUGGUGGCUCUCUAGCCAGCCGUCUUAUGGUGUUUCUUUACGUAUCUCUUUUUUUCUUUCUUGUGUUUUCUCUCCUGCUUAUGAACGUCCUUCUUCCAUUUCCUCUCGCUUAUCAUCCUCUGUAUCCUCUUGAUUUGCUAGCGGAGUAUCUGUUCCUGGAACAAUGGUCUUGCCUCGUGUCCGUUACAUGUAGUGAAACGGCGUGGCAUUCUCCAUUUGCUCCCUGGCGUUCUCUCAUCCCUCCAACCCCCCACCUUUUUGUUUCUCAACCUCACUCUCUACAUCUCCUGUGUCUUCUUCCGUUAAGUUUCCUGAUUUAUCUCGGUUUCAUUUCACCUAAUCUCUAACCACAUCUGAGACGGCUUCACGACGCUUGGGAUCGGGGAUUGGUGUUCGGGCGGAACAGGUGGUGAAGGGUAUCUGCUUUUUGCCCGUGACGAGGUUGCUUUUCGUCGUUUUCUUUUUCUCAGGCGAAAGGAGUUUUGUCUGUUCAUGUACCUGUUUAUUGUGCCAUUCGUCCUAUGCGAGGUUCAAUCAAGAAUAGAGCUUGGCUUUGUUCAUUUUCAGUA